UAGCCGGUCAGCCAACGAAUCUGAUUACGCGGCUGACGACAGAGGCACGUGAUAAGCGUCAUCGCUGAAAGAGGAAAUAAGCUCACUUUCCGCAUAUGCAAGGACGACCACCCACACACCUACCUUUCUCAUCACAACCACCCAUCCUAUAUCUACAUACUCUUCCCUGCUUCUCUUGGCCCUAAACAUUCAUCAUCACACACUUUUCGCCAUGCCGCCCAUUCCAAUCUACUCCAACGCCCCCAUAAAUCCCAACACCGCGGCCGCCACCGCCGACGGCGUCACCCCACAAACCGACUCCAACCUCAAUGAUCAACAAGGACAGCAGCACCCACCACCCACACGUAUCGUCCCCGCCUCCGUGCCCGCAACGACGACGCAAGGCGUGGGAUCACAGCCUGCAGCGCCGCAACCCGGCGCCGUCCCCAUCCCACCUCCACCGAGCACCACCACCGCCACAGCCACCUCAGCAGGGGUUCCGCCCGCGCCCCAGCCCGGCCAAGCGCCCAGCAUCGCCACCGCAACCGCCACGGCGCCAGCACCGACGCACGCUGCGCACCCACCGCCACAGUUUUCGAUCCCGGCACCCCAGGCCAACGCUGCGCCCACGUCGUCCACAACCGCAUCGGCCGCCGCGUACCCUGCCGGCCCAACGACCAUAAACUUGGGCCCGGCACCUGGCGGUGCGGCGCCCUCGCCGGCAGAAACGGGUGCGACUGCCACGCGCGAGCAGCGUCGGAGCUUGGAGCACCCGCCUGGCUACGUGCAGAAUCCGUAUGCGGCGGAUGGGACGGCGGAGCAGCGUGCGCGGAUGGAAGCGGCGGCCCAGCAGCAGCAGGAGGAGGGCGGCUUGUGGGGGAGCAUGAGGGCCGCGGCGGCGAAGGUGGGCGAGGGCUUGAAGAAAGGUGAGGAGGAGGCGUGGAAGCUGGUUGGUGGGAGUGGUGGGAAGGGAGGGUCGCUGGGCGGUUAAGUUAAGGGAUGGGCUGUGGGAGACCUGAAGGCGCCUUUUCUUAGCCCGGAUUUACUUUCUCUGUGCGCAUGGGAUUGGGUGUCGCGAAGCUAACUGCGCGCAUGGGUUUUGUGCAUGCAAUACUUACUUCUCUGCGCUCACUUGGAGUGGAACAGUCCCCACGACUGGAGUCUCUUACGCAUGGAUCGUUAGUCUGCUCUGCUUCUCAAGCUACGGCCGAAAUCUCCUUAGAAAAAAGAUUAUAAGAGCUACUGAAUUAAAACAUCACUCCAUACAGCCGA